CCAGGUGAGACUAAGAGGCUCCACCUCGCCAUGCCAAGGCCAGCUGGAGGUCCAAUUCCAAGAUAUGUGGCACACGGUUGACAGCCGGAGUUGGGUCCACCAGGAAAACCUCAGGCAGGCCUCCAAUCUCUGCAAGAAGCUGAACUGCGGGGAGGCCUUGAUCCUCGCCCACUUCCCUCGCUUCAACAAUCCCCAGAACCAGGUCACCUGCUACGGACAACUGGGGUCCUUCUACCACUGCAAUGCCAGCAAGACAAACCAGAGGGAGCCUCUGGGCCUGAUCUGCGUAGAGCCACCGAAGACGACCCCCCCUCCCACAAGCCCACAGCCCACAACCACGAUGGAGCCCACAGCUCCUCCUAGGCUUCAGCUGGUGCCAGGGCCCGGGGGCCUGUGGUGUGCAGGCACUGUGGAGUUCUACCAUGGCAGCCAGGGUGGCACCAUCAGCUACAAGGAGGAGGACAGGACCCAGGACCUGGGGGACCGCAUCUGUGCGGCCCUCCAGUGUGGUUCCUUUCUGAAGUACCUGCCGGAGGCCGAGGCAGCCAGGACACAAGCCCCAGGGGAGAGCAAGCCCUUGCCAAUCCAAUGGACGGUCCAGAACGCAAGCUGUGCCACCCUGGAGCAAUGCUUCAGAAAAGUCCAAUCCUGGGAAGGCGGCCAAACUCUUGCCCUCAUCUGUUCUGGUUUUCAGCCCAAGGUGCAGAGCCGCCUGGUGGGGGGCGGCGGCGUGUGCGCAGGCUCCGUGGAGGUGCGCCAGGGCAAGCAGUGGGAAGCGCUGUGCCACAACCUCGGGGCCAAGGGCGCAGCGCGCUGGGAAGAGGUGUGCCGGGAGCAGAAGUGCGGCAACGUCAGCUCCUACCAGGUGCUGGACACCCGUGAGAAGACCUCCCAGGGGCUCUUCUGUCCCCAGGAGAAGCUGUCUCAGUGCCACCAGCUUCGAGAGAAAAAACUCCACUGCAAGAAGGUGUUUGUCACAUGCCAGGAUCCGAACCCGGCGGGCCUGGGCGCAGGCACCGUGGCGAGCAUCAUCCUGGCCCUCGUGCUGCUGGCAGUGCUGCUCGUCAUGUGCGGCCCUCUCGCUUACAAGAAGCUGGUGAAGAAAUUCCGCCAGAAGAAGCAGCGCCAGUGGAUUGGCCCGACGGGAAUGAACCAGAACAUGUCUUUCCAUCGCAACCACACCGCGACUGUCCGCCGGUCCCAGGUUGAGAGCCCCACAGCCUCACAAGCGGAGAACGAGUACAGUCAGCCUCCCAGGAACUCCCAAGUCUCGGCUUAUCCAGCUCUGGAAGGGGCCCUGCAUCGCAUCUCCACCCAGCCCGAUAACUCCUCUGACAGUGACUACGAUCUGCACGGGGCUCAGAGGCUGUAAAAGAACUGGGAACCAGGAACAGAAGUCCAGAGUCAGGCCUUUUGUCCUGAGAACACCCUGCAUUCGCCGCUUGGAGAUGACGUCCCGAUUUCUGCCCCCCCAGAACGAGGAUGGAGGGAAAGGGGCCUUUCCAACACGUCCUGCUUUCCUACAGUUGCAGCCCAGCUCUGACACCCCCCCGCGGGAGCCUGGUCCAGUGAAGCCCCCCAAACAGCUUGGCUGGCCCCUCAAGUGUGGCCCCCCACAAGCAGAGACAUGUGGGGGCCGGGCCGGGCCCCCUCCCCUGUCUGUGGGAAGCAGCACCCAAGGAGAACUGGCUGUCUCCUCAAACUCAGAUCCCAGCGAGGACUGUCCGGAUGCUCACGCCUCGGGGAAAGGUGGGGGCGGGGUUUUCUAGUGUAUUUUUAAUAUGUUCUUUGUAAAUAACGCUUUUUUUACUUCCUGAGCGCU